AUGAAUCAAGCAAGAGCCGAUUUAGAAGAAGCUGAAAAAGAGAUGAGUUCUUGUAAUUGUUCAGAGAAAAGAGGAAAAAAAAUAGAUAAAAUUACUCAACAAACAAACACUCUUCUUUUUGAGAAAGAUUGUUUACAAAAGAAACUAGAAGAAAAAAAAGUAAAGGCUAGAUUAGUCAAAGGCCAAUUAGAGGAGAAAAACACAAAAUUAGCAUUGACUACUUCUCAAUAUAGUAGUUUGCGAGUAGAAGACCAAAAAACAAUAGAUGAAAACAGUUUUUUAAAACAGCAAUUGAAAGAAGCGAGAGAAAGAAAUUUGGCAUAUGAGUCGGAAAAAUUAGAAGAGUUAGUUAAUCGUCUAGGUUUAGAUGAGGACAAAAUUGAAAACUUACGUAACGCUUAUGAAGAAUUUGAGAGGCUAAUGGAAAACCAAAAACGUAAUGAAGUAGGAUAUAAUAGUAUCGAAGAAGCACGAAAUAAUAUCAAAAUUAUUGAAAAAGAACUGAAAAAAAAUCUCUCGGGGAGCAAAAUUUCUUCGGAAGAAAUACAGAAAGUUUUUAGAGUUUGCAAGGAAGUAGCGAAAUUACAAGUGAAAUUAGAGCAAGUUUGGAAGCAACAAUUUUUUGCCCGGAUGGAAAAUCCACCUC